AUGAGUCAAUCAAUAGAUGAUCAUCGUCCUAUACAAUAUUUUCUUCGUCCGAUUCAAUGGUUUCUUGUAAAUCGUUCACAUAACGCAGCGAUUUAUGUUCCAUUGAACCAAAAGAGUAUUAUUAUAAUAAAACAAUAUUUACUUCCUGUAUGGCUUAAAAUGACGGAAUUACAAGCAUUUAUUAAAUCAGAAACAAUAGAAUUAUUUCAUGAAGAGCUAGCUCCAUUGUUUCAUGAAAUUUAUUCUGACAUUGAAAACAUUGUUAAGAAAUUUUCAGAUCGGAUCAAACCUGUUAAGAAAUUACUUUUAAAAUUUCGUAAAGGAAAACUUCACAAAGAAGAAAUGAAUAAUGGGCUGAUCGACAUAGUUAAAUCUUCAUUAAGAGAAAAAAUUGAUUUCUAUCUUGAACAAAUUCGUCUAUUGAAAGAAAAAGUACAAUUUAUCAAACAAUUAGAAAAACAAGACAUAAAAUAUUUAAAUGUGCAACAUAUUUUGAUUAAACAAAACAAUGAUCUAAAUGCAAUAUUGGAAAAAGAAAUCAAACCGAAAACAAAACAGCUCAUUUUCUGUUCAAGUGAUAGUUUACUCAAUCGAAAUUUAUCAAUAUGGAAUGAAUUUUACAAUCGAUGGCUAGGAAAAGGUGCAAAAGAUCCUUCAUUAGACCUUAUUUAUGUGGAUUUUUCUUAUCAUAUUUCAUUUAAGUUACCGAAAUUAGAGAUAUUAACAGUCGGUCCAUUGAACUCGCUACAACGACCAGAAAAUCGCAGUGCCUCAGCAUCGAUCGAUUUAUUAAAGGCACGACAAAUAUCUCCACGAGAAGAAGGAACAUCUCAUUCAAACUUAUCGUCCAAGUCUUUAAACUUUGGAGUAUCAAACCAACGAUCAGAAGUUUCUCGUCGACGACUAAACUCACCUGAAAACAUCACAACUUCUAGAACAAAGCAAUCGUACAAUAAAGAGGUUGAUCGAAGUAAUCUGAAGCGAUCUACAGAUAUAAAUUCAAAUAGACCGUCAUAUGCGUUGAGAGAAGAUAAAGAAAAACUGUUGAGCGAACACGUUGGUAAAUCGAAAAUCCCAGAUUCAUCAACAAACUCGAAGUUAAGUCCCCAGUCGUCUAGUCGUUCUCAAAUAACAUUAUCAUCAAUAUCUAGCACUAAGUCAGAUGAAUACUCACAAAUUACGGAUCAUAUUAGUAUGUCAUCGCCACGUUCAAAUUCGCUUUCACUUGCAAGUUCACGAGACAAGAGAAACAUCGAUGAAACCAAGGUGCAAGAACUACCAUCACACAUAAAGUCGGAUUCUUCCCGAGAAAAAAUUCAUAUAAAAAGGCAAAUAUUUGAAGUUCCACUUCAUCGAUCUACGCCACCUGUCAAAAUCAGAUAUCCUAGCAGAAGUCUAGUGGACAAUAGAGACGCUGAUCAGAUUAACAGCAAACAAUCUAUUGAUGUAAAAUCCAAUGGAUCAUUGCACGGACUGACAGAAGAAAACGAAAAACCAUUCUACAAGCAGGAUAAUGAAAAAACAAAAAGAUUAAAUCAAUCAACAAAACCAAAAGCAAGUCCUCGAUCACCACGUCGUUCUUCAACACCAUCUUCAUUAAUAUCUUUAGCUGAAUCAGAACAAUAUUUACACACUAACAAUCAUAAUAAUAAUUUGUCAACACCUCAUUCAAAUUCCACUCCACCAAUGACUCCACGAAGUCAGCAACGUAUUGAUAAAAUCAAGUCGCAAGAAUCGCCAUCCAAAGCAAAAUUGGAUUCAUCCCGAGAACAGAUUCAUUCAAAAAAUUCAACUGAAACACUACGAACUACAUCUCGUCCUGUUUCAUCACAAUCAUUAAACGAGAAAUAUAUCAAUGUUCUUCUUCUAGGUGAAUCUGGUGUUGGAAAAUCAACAUUUAUCAAUGCACUUAUUAAUUAUUUUACAUUUGAAAAUCUUGAAGAAGCCCGUACUAGUAAACCUAUUGUCGCUAUUCCUGUUUCAUUUAUGAUGACAGUUGGAGAUAAUUUCGAAGAAAAAAUUAUUCAUUUCGGUCGAACGGAUUCAAAUGAAGAUCAUAAUCACCCUGGUCAAUCAGUAACUCAACAUUGUCGAUCCUAUAUUUUUUCGAUAUCUAGUCAAACAAAAAUAAGACUAAUCGAUACACCUGGAAUGGGAGAUACGCGUGGUCUUACUCAAGAUGAUAUGAAUAUCGAAAAUAUCAUUUCAUUCAUCAGUAAUCUUCCGCAUUUAAAUGCGAUUUGUAUUCUUCUGAAACCAAAUGAAGCAAAAUUGAAUAUUGUUCUUCGUUCAUAUUUUGAUCGUUUAUUGAAUUUUCUUGGUGAAGCAGCUCGUGAAAAUAUUGUGUUUUGCUUCACAAAUACUCGAUCGACAUUUUUUUCGCCUGGUAAUACUGGUCCUCUAUUGAAAAAAAUGCUUGAAUCUUGUAGAAUUAAAAAUAUUCCUUAUAAAAAAGCCAAUACGUUUUGUUUCGAUAGUGAAGCAUUUCGCUAUUUAGUUGCUCUCACAAAUCAAAUCGAAUUCGAUGAAUAUCAAAAGAAAGAAUAUCAACAAAGUUGGACAAGUUCGUUCAAAGAAUCAACUCGUCUUCUUCAGUAUUUGUGUGGAAAUCAACUUGAACCAUACCCUCAGAUCAAAUGGAAAUCAAUUGAACAUGCUCAACUGAUAAUCAAUCAAAUGAUUCGUCCUAUAUUAGAAACAAUAAGAAAUCUUUGUCGGAAUAUUAUUCAAUUAGAACAACAUCGAACUAAUCAACUAAUUAACCUUUUUCCAAUCGUCCUUCCUCAACCACGAACUAUUUGUUACAAAUGUAAACCUGUUCUUAAGCGUUACGUUGAAUUUUUAAUACUUCUACAUGAUUUACAUACUGUUUCCGGUUCUUGUAAGGAUUGUAUUCAUUCUCAACAAGACCAUGUUGAACUUGAUUAUGAUCUUCAAUAUCAAAUUGUAUAUGACAAAGACAGAAAAACUUUAGAAAAUAUGAAAUUUAAUUUCAAACAGCUCAAAGGAGCAAUCCUAGAGUUCGGUGAAUUCUAUGCUAAUACUCGCGAUGUAUCGAAUAAGAAGGACGAAAUUUUAUCAACUUUAAAUCAAAUGAUUAUAGAAGAAAAACAACUAAGCUCGACAAAUGAUCCAACAUGUCUUAAUCAAUCUUUACACAAAAUAUUACAAGACCUUAGAAAACAAUAUAAAGAGGCACAAGAGACAUCUGAAUCGGUAGAAUUAUCGGUUAUUUAUCAAAGAAUGGAAGAAAUUAGUAAAAUUGAUGAUAUUAAAAAACAAGUGUCUAUUGUUAAAGAAAAACAAGCAGUAUUUAUGAGACAACACGAAAAACAACUUUUGUGA